GUUGGCGCCUGCGCAGAUGGCCGGGAGGAUGCCUUUUGACCCAGCCUGGUAGCCGUAGUCGGCUGGAGCACCGGCCGCGGUGGAUCCUGGGAGAAGAUGGCGGCCGCCGUUCACCCCCGAGUUGUCCGGGUCCUGCCAAUGUCACGUUCUUCUGUUCCUGCCCUAGCCGCCUCUGUGUUUCACGGCCCACCCCAGCGCCAGCUUCAUCAUGCAGUCAUACCGCAUGGCAGAGGUGGGCGUUCCUCUGUCAGUGGGAUCGUGGCCACUGUGUUUGGAGCAACAGGAUUCCUGGGCCGCUAUGUCGUCAACCACCUUGGUCGCAUGGGGUCACAGGUGAUUGUCCCCUACCGGUGUGAGCCAUAUGACACCAUGCACCUUCGUCCCAUGGGUGACCUGGGCCAGAUCAUCUUUAUGGACUGGAACGGGAGAGACAAGGACUCAAUCCGAAGAGCCGUGGAGCACAGCAGCGUGGUCAUCAAUCUGGUCGGGCGCGAGUGGGAAACCAAAAACUUUGACUUUGAGGAUGUUUUUGUCAAGAUUCCCCAAGCCAUCGCUCAAGUGUCUAAAGAAGCUGGAGUUGAGAAAUUUAUUCACAUUUCCCAUCUGAAUGCUGAUAUUAAGAGCUCUUCUAAGUAUCUGAGAAACAAGGCUGUUGGAGAGAAGGAAGUGAGAGAGACGUUUCCAGAAGCCACCAUCAUAAAGCCGUCUGACAUCUUUGGCAGAGAGGACAGAUUCCUCAAUUAUUUCGCAAAUAUCCGCUGGUUUGGUGGUGUCCCUCUUAUUUCCUUGGGCAAGAAGACUGUGAAACAGCCAGUAUAUAUUGUGGAUGUCACCAAAGGAAUUAUUAAUGCAAUUAAAGACCCAGAUGCCAGAGGGAAAACUUUUGCCUUUGUUGGGCCCAAUCGGUACCUGCUCUUCGACCUCGUGCAGUACAUCUUUGCCGUGGCUCACAGGCCCUUCCUGCCGUACCCUUUGCCACACUUUGCCUAUCGGUGGGUCGGUCGGCUCUUUGAAAUUAGUCCAUUUGAACCCUGGACCACGAGGGAUAAAGUGGAGCGGAUUCACACCACAGACAGGACCCUGCCUCACCUGCCAGGCUUGGAAGACCUGGGCGUUCAGGCCACGCCCCUGGAGCUCAAGGCCAUAGAGGUGCUGCGGCGUCACCGCACCUACCGCUGGCUGUCUUCUGAGAUCGAGGACGUGCAGCCGACCAAGACGGUCCCCGCUAGUGGCCCCUGAGCUGGCCGUGGCUUUCGGCGUCGUUCGGGUUGCUACCCACCAGGCCACCUUCGGUGGAGAAUCCUGUAUAUAGUGAAUGAGAGCCUCUAUUAAAACCUGAGAUGAAACUC